AUGUCAGUGGAAGAGAGCAUCCGUGCAAAGCUCACGGGCGAGUUCUCGCCUGCGCAUCUGUUCAUUCGGAAUGAUUCGUCCAAGCACGCCCACCAUGCAGCGAUGGUGGCGCAAGGCGGUGGGAACGGAGAAACACAUUUCUUUGUGGAAUUGGUAUCGGAUGCGUUUGCCGGCAAAACCCACAUUGCACGUCACCGUGCUGUGAACGCGCUCCUUGCGCCUGAAUUUGAGCGUGGCUUGCAUGCGUUGAGUCUGCGCCUGAAAACGCCGGCGGAAGUGGCCAAGGAGCAGCAGGGAUGCUGCUCAAGCCAGGCGUAA